CGGAAGUAAGUGUUGUUUUCGUUUGACGGGCAAGAGUCCUCUGCAGAAGGAAAAUGGGGGAUGAUGAGAAAAACACAGACGUUCCCACUUCCGAGGCGUUGAAUCCAGUGUUGCGGAUCAGCCAGCUCGAUGCUCUGGAGCUGGACUCUUCCCUGGAGCAGCUGAUGUGGUCCCAGUUUUCCCUGUGCUUCCAGAACUUCCGGCCGGGCCUCCUCACCCCCGCAGAACCCGAGCUGAGAGCGCUCCUCCACCUGCUCUUGUGGAAGUUCACCCUCUAUCCCAACAGCGCCACAGUGGGACAAUCUAUUCUUAAUGUGCGCUACCACAACUCGCUCUCCGCCUCCCCUCGCUACCGCCCCCUAUCCCGAAGGCAGAAGCUGGGGUUGGCCUUUCUCACCGCAGGUCCCCGCUGGCUCCAAGAACGCUCGCAUAAUUUGUUGGUUGCUUUAGGAUUGCGUCCCGGAGGAUCGCAGAGGGACGUGGUCAAAACGGGGCUAAGGAACUGCUUCUCCUUCAUUUCUAGCGUCGUCCAGUUUGCCAGUCUCAUCAACUUUUUGGUGUUUGUGCGAAAGGGGCAGCAUCCCGUUUUGGCUGAGAGGAUCGUUGGGGCCAGAGCCGUGUUUAGCAAACCAAACGUCGUCCGCGAUAUUUCGUACCAGUACGUGAACCGUGAGCUGCUAUGGCACGGGUUUGCAGAGUUCCUUAUAUUCUUUUUACCGCUUAUAAAUACGCACAAAAUCAAAUCAACUGUUUAUACGACUAUAUUUGGAAAAAAGGAUGAAGACAAGGGCGGAGAGGUGGCGUGGAAAGAGUGUGGGUUUUGUGGAGACUGGCCAACGAUGCCGCACACGGUCGGAUGCAAGCACGUUUUCUGCUACUACUGCGUCAAGAGCCACGGCAUCGCAGACGCUUCCCUCACCUGUCCCAAAUGCGGAGCCGAAGCGGGGCAGCCUACGCCGGUGGUCAUGGAGGUGGAGGAGCGGUGAUACGCGCGGUGUAGGAGGCAGUUUAGAGGAGGAAGCUAUUUCGGGAAGAUGUCUCAUGCUGAACGAAAAAUAACAAUACUUAAGAGACACGGCUAUAAAUUACAAGAUGCUGGAAGUGAAGUGCCUGGUUAUACGUGUCGUGAGGUGCCAUGUUUUAUACAGUUUAAAAUGGUUUCUUUCUUUCAUUUUUGAUUUAAUUUUCAGAUUUCUUGAAUUAUUCUUGUGCUGAAAUGCAGCGCAACAGUGACCGCCUCUAAAGUAAAUUUUAAAGUAAAUUUUUCCAUUCAUUUUUCCCAUAGACGUUUCAAAAAAUUCAAAUAUUAAGAGUUGAAAGGCAUCGCUGAGGCUAACCUGCUAACCAGCUACGUGCUAACUGUUACGUCCUAACCAGCUACGUGCUACCUGCUACGUGCUAACCAGCUACGUGCUACCUGCUACGUCUUAACCAGCUACGUGCUACCUGCUACGUGCUAACCAGCUACGUGCUAACUGUUACGUCCUAACCAGCUACGUGCUAAUCAGCUACGUCCUAACUGCUACGUCCUAACCAGCUAUGUGCUAAUCAGCUACGUGCUAACUGCUACGUCCUAACCAGCUACAUGCUAACUGCUACGUCCUAACCAGCUAUGUGCCAGGUCGAUUCCAAGUUUCAGAAACAGAUUUUAAAUAAAACUAUAGGUGACUUGUUGUCAUUAGUUACCACAUUCCUGAUUAUCCCCGAGCAACUUUUCAAACUUUUAAUAUAAUUUUUAUUUUUAUUUUUUUUUCCGGAAAGUCUAUGAGUAAAAUGAAUGAAGUUUAGUUCCAGAACCUUGGGGUGGACGGUCACUGUUGUGCUUCAUUAAAGAUGAAGAGACUGCUUGUCUCUAUGGAGAAGUUAUACAAGUUUAAUGCCAUAUUGUGGAACAUAGAUUAACCGUAUCUUCAUGGACACAAGCCGACGAUGCCACCGGGUUAAGUUACAGGUCAGAUCUGUGGAGGCGCAAACCUGCUCACCUUUUUUUUUAAUGUAUUUUUGAGCAAUUAAAACAUCUGUAACUGAAUAAAUGAAGAAUAGUUGAGUUAAUGCCAUACUGUGGAACACUCCAGGCGAUGAAGUAACCUCUAUGGAAAUAAUGUGGUAGCAGACUCCUCACCAGCAAAGUUACAGAGUGCGGCUUUAGAUAUAUUUGUCAAUCAACUCAAGAUAAUUUAGAAACGACUCAAAUAAACGCUUAACAUAGACUGUAUAUAUAAAUGGACAUAGCUAACCUACACAGGAAGUGAUCAUGGGCGCACUUCCGGCUCCAUCGGCUCUGGCUCCAAUUCACUUUCUAUUGAAAAACUGCUGCCCAUUUUCCCGUAACUGCUUCUGUCAGACUCCUCAUUUUGGUCUUAACAUGUUUGUAUUAACCUGCUCUACAUGAUCCUGGUGUUUUAAUUUCACUUUUGUGUCCAUAAAUCAAGAUAUGAACACUUUACCUUCAACAUCCUCACUCCGGAUCGGCUCUUUGGUUGCUAUGAUACUCGCAGUCGGACGUCAAACUCCCUUAGUCCACUUCUUUAUACAGUCUGUGACGCUUAAACGCUAAUGCCUUGUUGACCUGUUUAUACUGGAUACUUUUUUUCCUCUAUAACUUGCUAUUUUUUACCGUAAAAUGCAUAAUAAUGAAAAUAGUUGUAAAGUUAAACGCCGCACAAAUGGACACGCUCAUAAGAGUUUAUUAGCGAGUGCUGAGCUCAUUGAUCUCUCGUGAUAAAUGUAUGUGAGCAUAUUGACCGUCUGGAUCUAUUUCAGAGGCCGGACUUUGGACAGAUGUGUUUGUCCAGAGCUCACUGGACACUGCUGCGGACCAGACCCUGCUCAUAUUUGACGAGCGAACUUGUUGAUUUAUGCUUCAAAUUUGCUCUCUGUGUGCUUGUGUGUGUGUUUGUUGAAAUGGGAAUAUUUGUUCUGAUGAAAAAUGCAGAAAGUCGACUGAAUAAAUAAUGGGGCGGAAUUUCUGAUGCCUCUCAUCAUGACCGAA